GAAUGUGAAAUUACCGUUAAAUCGGAAUUGCAAGUGUGUACGCUAUUUCUUGUGUAUUUCCAAUGAGGUUUUAGCAAGGAAGCGCUUGUUAUUGUAUUUUUAGAGCAGAGUAUAGCUGAGCCAUCAGGAUGCCUUCUCGCAAGUAUGGCGUAGGGGAGCAAGUCAUGGUCAAAUGGCCGGGGAGUGCGCUGUGGUACCCGGCCAAGGUCUUGGCCAUUCAAGGCGAGGAAUACAGGGUCAAAUUUGAAGAGGGCACUGAAGAUGAGGUCACUGAAGACUACGUCAAGCCUGUGUCCUCAUUCAGGAGGCGUUCGCAGUCCAAAUCACCCUCCCGGCGACGGUCGCGCUCAAGAUCCCCGGCCCGUUCCCCGUCUAGGCAGCGAGUCUCCCGCAGCCCCAGUCGCAAGUCUGUGGCACAGACCUCUUCCGUCAGUAAACAGCGACAGCAGCAGCAGCGGCAACAACAGAAGACCAGCAGCAAGACAAUCACCACCACUGUGGUGACGCAGAGCAAGAGCCAACCCAAGCCCGACCUGACUCCAACCAGGACCCCGACCAGGACGCUCAUCACCUCCAGGAGCUCCACCGAGGUGCACACCUACACUACUCGAUCCUCCACUAAAUCAGGUCAGCAAACCUUGGAGCCCUUGGUGGAAUUCAAGACCGGCAGAGUCCCCAAAACUACCAGCUAUGAAUUUGGAGGACCCAUCGGCACCCUUUUCAUCAUGCUCACCCUGCCGCCGUUCAUCUACUACCUGUACUUCACCUGCAGCAAGGACAUCUGCAGGCUGCAGUUGCUGCCGGCCUUCUCCUACGACUGGAGAGAUUACUAUGACCGAGAGGCCUACUUGCUAUUCCUGGGCUGGAUAGCGCUGCAGGCGUUCUUCUACAUGCUUCCUGUCGGCUCAGUUGUGAAAGGCCUGCCUCUUCGCAAUGGACGUAGAUUGGAAUACAGGUUGAAUGGUUUCUUUGCUCUCAUCCUGAGCUUGAUCAUCUUCGGCGGUCUGGUCUACAAGAAGUACCCGGUCACUGUGGUCUGCGACAAGUUCCUGCCUCUCCUGACGGCGGCCCUCAUCUUUUCCCUGCUGCUGAGCGUGUACCUGUACCUCAAGGCCAGAAAGGCUCCUGGACAUGCCCUGGCUCCCAGCGGGAACUCAGGCAACGUUGUCUAUGAUUUCUUCAUGGGCCAUGAGCUCAACCCUCGCAUUGGAAGAUUUGACUUCAAGUUCUUCUGUGAGCUCCGGCCGGGACUCAUCGGUUGGGUACUGAUGGAUCUGGCCUUUGUGGUCAAAGUGUGGACAGACUUCCCUCAGAAUCCUCCCUGGCCGCUUCUCUUGCUGACCUUCUUCCAGCUUCUCUAUGUUGCUGACUCCUUGGUGUACGAGCAUGCCAUUCUCAGCACCAUGGACAUCAUCCACGACGGCUUUGGGUUCAUGCUGGUCUUUGGUGACCUGGUUUGGGUCCCCUUCACCUACACGCUGCAGGCUCGCUACCUGGCAGACAACAGCGGCAGCAUCAUGCCGGACUACUGUCUGGUGCUGACUUUCAUCCUGGGAAUUGCUGGCUACUAUGUCUUCCGUUCAUCAAACUCUCAGAAGAAUGCUUUCAGGGAGAACCCCUUUGCUAUCCAGUUUGCCAAUUCCAGCGUCCUGAUUACAGGGUCAGGCAAGCGUCUCUUGACAUCCGGCUGGUGGGGAUGGUUGCGUCACCCCAAUUACCUGGGAGAUCUCAUGAUGGCCCUGUCGUGGUCGCUCUGCUGCGGCUUUGGCAGCAUUGUUCCCUACUUCUACCCCAUCUACAUGCUGAUCCUACUGAUCCACCGUGAGAGGCGUGACUCCGCCCACUGUAGGCAGAAGUACGGCACUGUCUGGGCCAAAUACUGCGAGAUGGUCCCUUACCGGAUCUUCCCGCGCAUCUACUGAGACAGGGCAGAGAAGCCAUUAGAGAAGUCAUUAGUCCAUGUCACCACGACUGUCCAUGUGUUUAUCACACUGUGUGUCACUUUAUCAUUGUCAUUCAGGGAUUUUUCACAGCAGUACGUAACUUGUGUUUUUUUAAAGGUUAAUCAUUCCAUCUUUGCUGCAGUAUCUGCUUUUAUUGGGUUGAUGUUUUCUAAACUGUAAAAGCAAAAAAAAUUAUCGAGGAUAAGUGACAUAGGACGUGGUAUGGUAGUCUCUCCACAAGGUGUUUUUAGACUUAACUUUCCAGAAAAAAGAAUUCUACUUUGCUCUGCUUCAACUUUUUUUUUAUUGUUCAUUUUCAACUCAGUUGAUUUUUUUUGGGGGGGGUUCACGCAGUCCUCGUGGUUCUUGACAUUGUGAAGUUUCUCAUAGUGUGCUAAUAUUUGAAUGGAAAUUGUGCUAGGCUUUUGUAAAAUGUUUACAAGAUGUAAAGAUGAACGUGGCUUUGUUCUUUUAUGGUAAUCAGUAGUUUCUCGUGAUCGCUUCCACUUUCCAGGCCAAAAGGAGCGCUCCUGCUUUUGUUUUUGAAAAUAAUGUUUAUACUUGUACACAAGAAAGAGAUUGGUUAAUGGCGAAACACUUUUUCGUCUGGGUUAUUUCGAUUUGGGGAGUGCUAAAGUUUUUGCUGGCUUUCUCAUUUUUGUUUUAUACGGAUUGCACAGAAAAAAAAACUGCUCAUCUGUUUUUUGCCGUGUUUUGCAAUGUUUUAUGAUUUUGUUAUUUGUUUACUUUAGAAGCUGUGAGGAAUUUAGUUAGUGUCUUACGCUGCACAUGUAGCAACAGCGGUGUUGAGCAUUCAAAAGCUUGAUUUACUUGCAUGACGAUUUCUUUGUUAAAAUGUAUUGAUAACGGGUUUGUAGAAAUCAUUUUUUAGGAAAUAUUUGUCACUGGAUGUGCCCAUGUAUAUAAAUUGUGAUAUAUUAUUGACAGUCAUAGAAAGCAAUGGGGACGCUAGAUCCCAGAAUCGUAAAGAUUAAAAGGGAAGGAAGCAGUUAGGGCAAACAUUGCAGAUACAUGUAUCAAGGGCUGUGACUAAUAUUAAAAAUACAUCUUCAUGAAAGAAUUUAUCACAUAGACCGUUCUAGCAUCAAAAUUAAAAGAAAAUAGGGAGUUUUCCUAAAGUUUGGUCUUUCUGUCCAAUUGACAAAGGUACAUUACAGAGUAUUUCAUAACCUGAGGGAAUUUUUUAGUCUUAAAAAUGAUUUGUAAAUACCUGUAUCAUAUAUUGUAGAUGUUUGGUUGUCAGUGUAAUGAUUUCUGGUUUGAAAAAAAGGGAAGAAAAUAGACAACUGUCAGAAUUAGGUCAAUUAGAACUGCAUUUAGAGAGAUAUCUCAAACAGUUUUGUGAAUUUUCUUUUAGAAAUUACUUUAAUUCUUUUGAAUUCAAGUUCCUAGAAGGAACUGCGUUAUAUUCACCCCAAAUGAAAUUCACAGUUUGAAUGUAAAUAGAAUAUGAAUGGUAUGUACAGAGUAUUUUUAAAGCGACUUCCCUCAGUUACUUCUACAGGACUUCUUGGUGAGAUCUUUCUAAGAUAAUCCUUUGGUUUUUGUAGAUUUUACACACAAUUGUAAUUUUGGUGUAAGCUGUGAAUUUGUACAGUAGCAAUCAACUGUAUUUCAUGUCAAUUUGAAUUAAUUUGACCAGUGAAAUUACUCUAAUUUUCAUUUAACAGUAUUUGAUUUUUUUCUUUAGAAACAAAUAUUUGUUUUGAUUUCCGAUUAAUUUAAACGGUUUUGUUUGAAUUUUCAACUCUCUCACAUGAUAGAAUUUUUGUAUUCAUUUCAAGAGAGCAUUUCUCGAGUAGUUUCAUCGUUUUUCCUGUAUUUCUUGCGUCGAUGUACCGAGACUUUACCAAAGUGCCUACUAUAUCUGCGAUUAGUGUUUUAUCCCGAUCUGAAAUGUACAUUAGACCGUUUUUGAUAUAAUCAUAAUUAUUGUAUAUGUAGUCGGAUAGAUUUUGUUUUAGUGUAGGUGAAUGAAAUAAAAUUUGGGCGAUUAUAACCGGAA